GAAUUACUUAAUAAUCACUUAUUUUACGGACCCCCAUGCCAUGUAUCACGGGCCCCACUUUGAGAAACACCGCUUUGUUCUUCUGUUAGGUAUUUAAAUCACAUACUGUAUAAUGCUGACAUUAUGAGGGGAUUAAAAUACAUUUUUUCUUAAAAAUGUGCAAACCAUCGAAUAUUAAGGAUAUGUAGAAUGAGGAAGCUAAAUGUUUAUAGAGGAAAAAGAGGUGGCGUUUCAAAGUGCGGCAUCCUCGCGCGUGUAUUGGCGGAGGCGUAUGUAAAUUAGGAGGAGACGCGCCCUCUAAGCCUUUAUCACUUUGUCCACAAGAAGAAAUCAGCGCAUCAAAUAAGUGCGACUUCUGAUAACACGGCUGGAAAAGGACAGUCUGAAGGAAGGGCACACGCAUUUCUAUUUAUGCCUGGCCUAAGUCGUUCUGAGGAUACACCAAAGAAAUUUCAACUGUUUAACAAGAAUCCUCCAGAAACAACCACUGAACAAUCAAAAAACAUAGCUGACAUAAUUUUACAGGAACUAAAUCCACUUAUGGAUGAAAGAAAUUCCUCAAGCCAUGAACAAAAUCAAACAAUGGAGCAGCAUCAUGAAAAUCAAAAGGACACAGGAAAAUUCCCAAAACUACAAAAGUUUAAGUCACAGCUCUGGAAAGGCAUUUCUUUUAUCUCAGGAGACAUGCAUGCCUUUGGCAAAUGGCUGAAGGGAAAGUAUGUGGUAUUUCAGUUUUUUGACUGGAUUCUGAGGGGUGCUGCCCAAGUGAUGUUUGUUAACAAUCCUUUGAGUGGUCUUAUUAUAUUUGCUGGACUAAUUUUACAGAACCCUUGGUGGGCACUAAAUGGAUUUGUGGGGACCAUGUUUGCAACAAUCUCUGCCCUUAUUCUCCAGCAAAACAGGGGAGCCAUUGCUGCAGGAUUGUAUGGCUACAAUGGGAUCCUAGUUGGUCUUCUUAUGGCAGUGUUCUCUGAAAAGGGAGACUGGUACUGGUGGCUCCUGUUUCCAAAUAUUUUUAUGUCCAUGGCAUGCCCAAUUGUUUCAAGUGCUUUGGCUUCUAUCAACAGCAAAUGGGGCCUUCCAGUCUUUACUCUGCCUUUUAACAUUCUGGUCUGCUUACAUAUGGUGGCCACAGGACAUUACAAUAAUUAUUUCCCGCAGGUUCUCAUCAAACCCAUUGCUUCAACUCCUAAUCUCACCUGGUCAGAUGUCAAUGUUGGCAUGCUGUUUAGGGCUGUGCCAGUGGGUAUUGGACAAGUGUACGGCUGUGAUAAUCCAUGGACUGGAGGCAUUUUUAUUGUUGCUUUGUUCAUUUCAUCUCCCAUCACCUGCUUGCAUGCAAUAUUCGGCUCUGCUGCUGGUGUCCUGUCAGGCCUGGCUCUUGCAUCACCCUUCCAAAGCAUCUAUGAUGGCCUCUGGAGUUAUAACAGUGUGUUGGCUUGUAUAGCCAUAGGAGGAAUGUUCUAUGCUUUGACAUGGCAGACUCAUCUUCUUGCUGUUGCUUGCGCCUUCUUCUGUGCUUACUUGGGAGCAGCAAUAGGAAAUGUCAUGUCAGUGUUUGGUUUGCCUGCAUGCACGUGGCCCUUCUGCCUCUCAGCCCUGACCUUCUUGCUCAUCACCACUGACGCAAAGGCCAUUUUAAGGCUGGAACUCGCUAACGUCACGUACCCUGAAGAAAACUUAAAAAACUACAAAAAGAUGAGAAAACUCGAGAGGAUGGACUUAAAAGACGUUCAAAUUAGUGGGUAAAGCUGAAGCAACCAGACUGUUUCCAAAGCUCACAAAAGCAACUUUAUUAAAGCCUUUUUUUAUUUUAACAGUAACACCACUGAAAUUACAGUAUUAUAUAAGUUAUCGAAGUGGGUAUCUCCAAAACUAACGGAAUUACUAUUUUUAAAUAACUGUUAAAAUUCAAUUCACAAACAGCAGCAAGUAUAUUUAAUUGUUGGACUCUUCUAAACUAGUAGACUAAUUAUGAACUUGUUAAGCAGACUUGAAGAAAUCCAAAUUUUACAAACGUGUUCUGAGAAUGUUGUAUGGUUAAAGAAAAUAUUAACACCCAUACAGAGUUUAUGAAAGUGUUGAUUCAGGCAUGUCGUAUUAUUUUGUGUUUUAUAUUUGUAAUAAAUUUAGAGCAUUUUGCAGAGAUCUGUUUUCACUUUGACAUUAAAAAGUCUUUUCUGUUGGUCAGUGUUAAAAAAUCUAAUUAAAUCCAUCGUGAUUAAAUGUUGUCUAAUAAUAAAGUAAAAAAACUUCCAUUGAGGUUGUAGCAAUUGUAACCGCUACGCUUCACAAGAAUAUAGUGAAAAUUGUACUAAUGAUUGCAUGUCAACCCCAAACUGUCUUCAGAUUCCUUUCCACGGCGCAAAAAAAAUGACUUCCACUAAUAAAAGUGAUUUUUACAAAAAAUCACUCAGAAAAGAUGCAGCUAAAAAAAUAUAAUUAAUAUCUUAUUUACAUUCCCACAAACUCCCCCGUAUGUCAACUGAUUUUGAAAACCAUCCUCCCUCUUCCAAUAUAUACAGUAAACAGAUGUCAUAAAAUCAUGCACCCUAAGAAUAUUCCACACCGUCCAUUCAAUUUAGUCUUUUUUAUCUGAUUAUCAUAUUUUCCAAUCCCAGAAUAAAAGAUGUUUGGCUUACACUGCAUCCGAUCCCAUUCACUGUCUAAUCCACUUCCCUCAGUGUAUCUGGAAUCUUCGAGGUGGCCACCCCAAACUGCAUUGGACUUGUGCUGCUCCCCGAGAAACAAUCUUUUUUCCUGGACUCAGAUGGGUCAUGUCUUUUCCCUCCGCCAUAAAACUCUCUCCUUCUUUUCCUGCCUUUUCGCACUCCUUUUCAAGUCAUGUCGUCCGUUUAAAUGGCACUCCUGGAAAUCGCAAUGACAGCCCUGUGCCUCACCAAGGUCCUCCCUAUCCAACCUGCCCAUCUUAUACUACAAUGUGCUCAGACGGAAACAGGAUUUACAUAGAGAGACUAAAGACAAACCAGAUACAAAUUUAUGUGGCAAUGCUACAUAAUUCCCCACCUCCAGUCCAAAGUAGGGCUUGAGGUUGACCACAUUUAUUGUCUCUAUUUUUUUUUUCUGGUUCUCUACCCUUUUCUAUGUGGUAAUUGUUUGGCCCGAGUUGCUUUAGGAUCAAAGCUGGUCCAGUCCACUUAGGCACAAGCUUAGAGGAAUACUUUUAACUUGCAUCAGAGAGAUGGCGAGCCCUAACCCAGACCACAUCACCUACUCAGAAGUGCAUUUUACUAUGGCGGGCAUUGUAGUACCUGACAUGCCUGGCUGUCGCCCUCACCAAUCUUAUUUGAACGUCCCUCCUAAAUUGAUCCAGGGUGGUGAGUUUAUUAUAUUGAGGAGUGUCGGGUAAGGGAGUUGUUGUUAUUAAACGAUCAAGCGGGCCCUUUAACUGUCGUCCUAAUGCUAACAAGGUAGGUGUUGCACCAGUAGCCUCAUGGCUCGCCGUAUUAAUGGCAAAUCGCAGUUCCUGUAUCCACUUAUCCCAGUCUUGAUGGCGGUCUCCUACAUAGGAUGCCAACAUGGUCAUUAAGGUCCAAUUUACUCUCUCCGUCAAAUUAGUCUGGGGAUGAUAGGCCGUUGUCAGUUUCUGCUUUACACCCCAUUCCAUACACAGUUUUCCCAUUAACUCACUGGUGAACUGGGGACCUCUAUCAGAUACAAUAUAUUUUGUCACCCCCCCCAGCAAAUAAAUAUUUCAUUUUUCAGGGUGGUGCAGAUCUUCUGAGCUUUGGCAUCUGUUAGAGCAAACUGCUGCAUCCACUUUGAAAAAUAAUCUACGACGACCAUCAAGACUGUCUUCUUGGUGGAAUUAGAAGGUAACUCCCAACAUCUCUCCAGGUUCGGACACCACGGUUGACUGUAACCCUCCAGGUGGUUUUCCUGGAGGAGUUUUCAUCAUCUGACAUGUCUGACAUCUUUUCACAUGGUCCCAUACAUCCUUCCUCACAGAGGGCCACCAUGCCACUUCCAACACUUUUAACAGGGUUUUCAAUCUACCCAGGUGUCUUCGAAAAGGGCUGUUAUGAUAAUAUUGGAGGAACACAGGGACAUAUUCUUCAGGGACCACAAGUUGGAGUUUAGUCCCCCAAAAUCUUGCUGGCACAGCUCUAUAUGGUACACCUUGCAAUUCCUUAAAAUAAAUGCGACCAAACCCUUGUUUAUUAGAGUCCUCCCUAUAUUGUUGGCACAUCUGACACAUCUGUUGUGCUUUAGCCAAGUCUGGUAAGCUCAGGGGCAAAUGAGUCUACUGACUUUGGGCCGUGGCAAGACAUAUCAUACCCGUUGACUCAGGGAUCCGUGACAACGCAUCGGGCACCACGUUGCCACAUCCUUUCCUGUAAAACACCUUGAAGGUGAAACCCUGGAGAUUCAGAAUCCAUCUUGUCAAUCGGGAGGACGUCUUGAAUGCCCAGAGGGGACUGGGCGGUCUCGUGGCACGGAACCCCUGCAGAUUUUAUUUUUUUCUCCAGCCGUCUGGAGUUUUUUUUGUUUUUUCUGUCCUCCCUGGCCAUCGGACCUUACUCUUAUUCUAUGUUAACUAAUGUCUUAUUUUAAUUUCUUACUUUGUCUUUUAUUUUUCUUUUCUUCAUUAUGUAAAGCACUUUGAGGUACUUUUUUGCAUGAAAAUGUGCUAUAGAAAUAAAUGUUGUUGUUGUU